AUGGAGGGUUCUCUAUUCCUCGAAAAUAUGCAGAUGAUUGUCUACCUCCGUUGGAUAUGUCCCAGCCGUCCCCUUCCUAGGUUUUGGUUGCCAGAGAUCUUUAUGACAGUGAGUGCAAUUCUGUCACAUUUAUCGAGGUUGACCCAGGCGUCAUUUGAUGAAUGGGUGGAGUGUAUUUGCUCGGGCAAAAAGAUUAGUGGCAGGCGAUGCCUUCAUCUUCUUAAAGGGAGAAAGUGGGGAGUUUCAUCUGCUCAUGCGAUUGCAAAUGGAACUCUAUUUUCCGUCCUCUACAAGCCUAGGCCAAGUUGGUUUGAGUUCAUUGCAAGGGUUAAUAAGUAUCUCGAAGCUCGAAACCACCAUCUAUCCAUUGGAAUGAGAGUUGCGAUGAGAUUUGAGUAUGAGGAAGUUAUAGAGCAAAGGUUUAAUGGCACAAUUGUCGGUGUGGGGGAAAACUUGUCGCCACAGUGGAAUUGUUCUGAAUGGAGAUCCUUUAAGGUGGAAUGGGAUGGACCGAGUUCAAGUUGGCUUCCAGAUCGAGUGUCUGCUUGGGAAUUGGAGCCAACUGUUGCAACUGCUCCUUCAAACGCUCGACCUAUAGAUUGGACCAACAAGCGUUCACGACCAUCAUAUGUGCCUUCAAUGAAUUCCGACCAGAAUUGCUUCAAAUUGUUUGGCAUUCAACUUAAUAACUUCAAAUGGUGUGAUGUUCAUGCCAUUGAAGUCCGGGAGCAAGAACUUUCAAAAUGGGUUCUCAAACUGCGAAUCCGACUUGUUGAUCUUGAAGAAGAGAACAAGAAGCUUCGUAGUCGACUUCGUGAUGUUGUUGAUAGCCAACCAUCCUCCUCCACGAUUGCUAACAACUUUGGUUCGCAUGGUGUUGAUGUUGAGGAAGCAAUUAGAGAGUUGAAGAAACGAAUGAAUUGCGUGGAAGGCAAACUUGGUUUAGAUUUGAAUGAUAUUAGAUAG